AUGGCCCAACCCUCCACAAAAGUACCAUCGGCAAAACGUAAUUCUGUAAACAGGAAACACAAUUUCAGCGGCCAUUUCCCUAUUAGAUGCCAUCUGAUCAGUACGCGUAACGGAUGUCGCACAGAUGCUGGUGACGCCAGUGACGUGCUUGUAUUUGACAAGAUGAGAACAGAGAUUUUUGUGGUAGUCACCUGCUUUUUGGUAGCGAAGGCCGAUUACGGGAGCGAUGGCUUCGAUUUCAGGGGUUUUUUGCCGAGUUCUGGGUACCGUACGGAGGACCAGUUAGCGGAGCCUUCAUCUAGGGUGGAAAAGGGAGAUAGAGAUAGGGACAGUCAGCCGGAGAGGACGCAGAGAUUCGGCAUAUCGACUUAUGGGAGUACGGGCUCGCAGGGAGGAUAUGGCGGAUCAGCUCCAGGUCUCUAUGGACCACUUAAGAUAGAUCUCGGUGGAGUACUCAUCGGCUCCAUUUUGGGCUUCGGAGCGGUGAUUAUUUUGCCGAAAAUCAUUCAUGCGUUGUCGUAUGGUUAUGGGGGUGGUUAUGGUCGGAGCAUCGAAACAGAUAUGUCCCAGUUGUCCGAGAUGCUGAACAAGCUGGACGACACACUGAACCGUUAUAAUAUAGACUCGAGCGCGUGCAUGCAGCGCCUGGCCUGCUCCUACGUGCAACUAGCCAACGAGAACAUGAUCACAGGAAACGCUACCGACUUCGAUGCUCUACUCUCUUCAUUAUCAACGUUAGUGAAUUGUUAGGGCAUACGCCUUCCUUCCUUAAUGUAUUGAUUUAAUCUUGUGAAUAUGGAGAACCCACCGAGCGGGUGCGGUUUGAUGGGAGUUAACGAUUGCAGAUGCAGCCGGGAACAACGGCUUAAUGCGUCUUCCGAAUACCGAGAUAAUAUUUUGUUCACCCAAUCUAUGACCUGCCCUUCCGAAAGUUGUUUGACAUCUGAGUGGUAAGUGUAAGUUUUACGCUAACGCGUUCACUAGUGAGCGCGUUAAGAAUUUGUAUGGAGAUUUGUAGUUCUUGAUAGUUACCGCUGGCGCUGUGCCGGAUUCCAUACUAAAAUCAGUGAACGUAAACGUCAAAAAAACUUACACUAAGCGCUCUGUAUUGUAGAGCGGGAGCGCUAAUUACUGCGUUAUUGAGCUUCUCAAACGGUAAUUCGAGUUUGAAUAUACAAGAGAUACAGAUUAAAACAUUGAGUCUCUUUGCAUGUUCUUCAUGAUUUAAAAUAAAUAAGGACACAGAAAAACACAGGUAAAAACACAGAGAAUACAGAAAUAAUAAUAAUAAUUAUAUUCAUAUGGAAAGAUUUUUACAUCUUGUUCUUGUAACAAGAUGUAAAAUGAUGUCCUUAGAAAACCAUAUUGACCAAGCGUCCAUUAAAAUUGUCAUUAGUUUAAGGCAAAAUUACCGUUACAAAUUUUCAAAUUUAAGACAUUUAUUGGAGCUUAAAGUCGUUGUUAAAGAUAAUUUGAUUAAUACGGGUGUAGACAGUAAUCGAAAAUAAAUACAAUUUAUUUAUGUUUUCAAUGUACUAUUACCGAUAAUCACACUUACCGUGUUUAUUUUAUUUAUAAUAUUAUUUAAGUAAAUUAUGAAGAAAAAUACUUAUACUGGUCGUCACGUGACUGCAAACAGCGCGUGACGUCACAGUCCUCUAAGGGUAUGUUAUAAAUUUAACUUUGACAUACAUAGAACGAUGUUUGUUAGUUUCGGGGGGCUAUGACGUCACAUCGACGCCAAGACAGCGGUUUGCGUUUUAGCGGUAAAUUUUGCAAAUGAAUUUUAUUUUUAGAUUUUAAAUUAAUAUAUGAGAGAUUUUUUUAAUAUAGUUUUUUAAAUAUAUUUCAUGUAUAUCUAUAAAAAUAAAAAAAUAUAACAAAAAUCUUCUACACCUGUAUAGUCUACAGGCCUUACCAAAGGCAUAAUUUAUUGCAGAAACAGAUGGUUUUUGAAAUGU